AUGUUGCAAUCUCUGGACUCAGCGAUCAAUCCACGUACAUUCGAUAAGCUCUGUGACAGUCGAUACUACGAUGUUUGCGAGAGUUGGUUCGACAAGACAUUCACUGAUCCAGAGGAGCGAGCUCUCUUGGACAACGCUAGAUUGAUACAAGACAUGAUGCAACUCUCCAUCUGUUUCUGGGACCUUAGUCCUAUGACCGACCAACAAAUCAUCUCUGUGUUUGCCGACCUUUUGUUGGUGUUCAUCGUUGACGACUGGUACAAAACACUUACAGAGUUCACAAUCAACGCCAUCAUGGACAAUGCCUACGAGGACCGAGAGGGUCUGACACUGGCGGAGCGUCUGACCCUCAAGUUGCUGCGAGAGAUACGCAGCCACAGUGUCGAAGAGACGUUUGGUUACUCUCGUAGCUAUUUCCUAGAGUGGCUGCAUAUGUCAAAGUUCGAAGAGAUGUUAUGCAAGUUGCCCAAGAACUGUCCAGACGUAUACUACCGUGGUCGCACAUCAUGGGCUGGUGCCAGCACCAUCUAUAUUACAGCCUUCACGUCUCCACAGAUCAAGGCGUGGGUCGACGCACUUAAGUGCCAUCCCGAGUUCUCAGACAUGAUCAUGCAUUUAGGGGCGUUCAUCGGUGUGUGGAACGACAUGUUCUCGAGGAAGAAGGAGAUGAAUGAGAAGAUAAACAUCAACGUGUACGCAGUUGUGGACAAUGAGGAGUACAUCUACAACUACUGUCUGUCGCGUCUCAAACAGAUGGCACAGUGUGCCAAGUGUCUUGACAACUCCAUGCCUGGUGUACAGCGUCUCAGUGACUGUCUGAUGGGUAUCAUUGUCUGGUACACAACAUGUAUACGUUACACAUGGAUUCCUCUCGACUUGACUGUUGGAGGAGUUGCAAAUAAAUGA